CGUUUACGCAGGCCAGCGUUUUAACGCACAUAUUGCUUGGCGUGCUAUGUUGCGUUCAAGUGCAUUUCAUGGUUCGGAAAACUUGUUGCUAAUGAUUCUAAACAAUGUAAUCUAAACAUACACAGCGGCUAUUGUUGUGCAUUACUUUUAAUAUUAGCAUUGUAGCCACAGGACAAGUAACUGUAUUUUAAAAUACAAAAAUAGUCCGAUUGUUUACUGGAACACGUGACCACGCGUUCCUUUUCCUUCUCUUUUCCGACGGUCCUUGAACGUGUCCGCUACUUGUUCGAUUGAAUGGGUUUGAUGUUAGACUUCAUGUUUAAACAUGGCCUGUGUACUUGUCAGAAAUUAGGUUGCGUUCAAGUGCCUUUUAUUGGUCGGAAAACUUACUGCAACUGAUUCUAAACAAUAUAAUCUAAACACGCACCGCAGCUACUGUGCAUUACAUUUAAUAUUGGAAUUGUAGGUAAAAUACAAUUAAAUUCGUUUUAAAAUAUAAACAAAAAUAGUCCGAUUAUAUACUCUAUUUACUAUUUCACUCUCUUUUCCGACGGUUCUUGAACGUUCAUUUUAACGCACACAUUGCUUGGCCUGUGUAAACGUCAGAAAUUAGGUUGCGUUCAAGUGGUUCGGGAAACUUGCUGCUACUGAUUCUAAACAAUAUAAUCUAAACAUGCACAGCGGUUACAUUUAAUAUUAGCAUUGUAGCUACAGGACAAUUAACUGCAUUUUAAAAUACAAAAAUAGUCCGAUUGUUUACUGGAACACGUGCCCACGGGUUCCCUUUCACUCUCUUUUCCGACGGUCCUUGAACGUGUCCGCUACUUGUUCGAUUGAAUGGGUUUGAUGUUAGACUUCAUGUUUAAACACAUAUUGCUUGGCCUGUGUAAUUGUCAGAAAUUAGGUUGCGUUCAAGUGCAUUUUAUUGGUCGGAAAACUUACUGCAACUGAUUCUAAACAAUAUAAUCUAAACAUGCACCGCAGCUACUGUGCAUUACAUUUAAUAUUGGAAUUGUAGGUAAAAGACAAUUAAAUUCGAUUUAAAAUAUAAACAAAUAGUCCGAUUAUAUACUCUAUUUACUAUUUCACUCUCUUUUCCGACGGUUCUUGAACGUUCAUUUCAACGCACACAUUGCUUGGCCUGUGUAAACGUCAGAAAUUAGGUUGCGUUCAAGUGCAUUUCGUGGUUCGGAAAACUUGCUGCUACUGAUUCUAAACAAUAUAAUCUAAACAUUACACAUCAGUUACAUUUAAUAUUAGCAUUGUAGCUACAGGACAAUUAACUGCAUUUUAAAAUACAAAAAUAGUCCGAUUGUUUAUUGGAACACGUGACCACGCGUUCCUUUUCCUUCUCUUUUCCGACGGUUCUUGAACGUGUCCGCUACUUGUUCGAUUGAAUGGGUUUGUUGUUAGACUUCAUCUUUACACAACAGUCGGUGCUAUUUAAGAGUUUUAUACACUUUCUACAAUAUCGAAUGAAGGUUUUUGGGUCGUUGCUGUCAGUCCAAGCUACCGCAUUGUAGUAAAACAGGCUUGUGUUUCCUCAAAAGGGGGGUUAGCUCGUUAGCAUGCUGCUAGCAUCCCCCUUGUUGUCUGAGCUAGUUUAACAACAUCGCUGCUUUAAAAAAUGGACAUUAAUUUCUACACCGGGCUGCCGGAUGAAUGCGCCCAAAAUGUGGACGCGGAGUUUAUGGACAGCCAAGAAGCUUAUGGCGGAUACUCCGAAGGAAACAAGUUUACGGAAGGCGGCGAUAGUUAUCUAACCAUAGACGGCACUCCUCAUCACUUUUUGUCCGCUGAGCAAACCUUCCACACCCCCAGCCUCGGGGAUGAAGUGUUCGAGAUCCCCCCCAUCUCACUCGACCCGGACCCGUCGCUCACCGAGGCCGUGUCCCACUUCCAGUUAGUGGACGGGGUGGGGGGCGCCGUGGGACCCCCGGCGAGCAACUUGGCGGCGGAGGCCAACGAUCCGUCUUUCGCGGCCACUUUCGUGGACAGCAGCAGAUCACCUCGCCUGGAGCAUCUCAGCAUGGGAGCCACGGGGCAGGCAAACGGAGGAGCCCUGCUCAGUUCCUCCUCACUGGAGCUGGGGGAAAGCAGCGGCUCCCAUUUUCGCAGUUCGUCCCCGAUGACCAUCGACGUUCAACUUGGCGACAUGACCCACGGCCUUAUGGGAAGCAGUCAGCUGACCACAAUCAACCAGACGGCGCUGACCUCAGAACACAAGCCGCUGUCGCCCACUUCGUCCCCAGGUGGUUCCUUACAAGACGAGGACAUGGAUGACUUCAAGAGGAGUGUGCUGGUAGACUCCCCCAUGUCCCAGUCCUCAUCCCAACCAGCUCCGCAGUCCUCCGUCUCAGCCAAAAGGGUCCUGGGGAGCCCUGGCACCGCGCAACAGCUGGCAGCGGCGGCGAAAAAAGGGAGGAAGAAGAAAGACCCCAACGAGCCCCAAAAGCCCGUUUCUGCGUACGCCCUGUUCUUUAGAGACACCCAGGCCGCCAUCAAGGGCCAGAAUCCCAACGCCUCUUUCGGAGAGGUGUCGAAGAUCGUGGCGUCCAUGUGGGACAGUCUGGCUGAGGAGCAGAAACAGGUGUAUAAAAGGAAGACGGACACUGCAAAGAAGGAGUACUUAAAAGCCCUGGCAGUUUAUCGAGCCAAUCAGCUGUCACAGCCUCCCGCCGAGGAAAUGGAGGCGUCGCCUUCGCCACCUCCGCCCGAGGUCACCCAAACUCCCGCGGUCAUCGUCCCCUCCGUAGGUCAGCAGGUGGUCCGGCCGGUACACGACCCCGAGCAGAACACCAUCACCAACAUCUGCGCCUCCAACAUAAUCCUGGACGUCCCGGAGAUGGCGACGCGGUCCCGCACGGGGGCGAACAAACCCGUGCCGACGACCCAGGCCAUCACCAAGAUCAUAAUCCCCAAGCACAUGCUCCAGGCGGGGGCGCAGUUCGUCACGCUGCUGCCCGGCGGCGUCCACGGCCUGCAGCCCACUCUCCUGCUAGCCGGCGCCCCCCGCCAGCCGCCGCCUUUGCAGCAGAUGCAGAACGCCCCGCCGCCGCCGCCGCUCCAGCAGAUGGCGCCGGCGCCGCCGCGCUUGCAGGCCAAGCCCCGCGAGGGAGGAAGCGCCCCCGUGUUCAUCACGGUGGCCCAGCCGCCUCCCCUCAAGAUAAAAAUACUCCCCGCUUCUUUUCAGAAGAAGGACUUGCUGUCCGUCAUGGUCCCCGUCACGGGGAAUUCCACCCUGUCCUCAUCCGCACCCGCGGCCACCGUGCGUGUGGUCAAUUCCGCCGAGUCCGCGGGUCAGCGAGAGAAGGUCAUCUCGGAGACGCUGCCGUCAGACGAGGACGAGAUGGAAGUGACGGAAAUGUGCGACGGCGCGGCGACGUGCGUGUGCGUGAGGUCGGGCUGCACCAACCCAGCUGUGGAGAGCCAAGACUGGGACAAAGAAUAUUGUAGUAAUGAAUGUGUGGCCUCACACUGCAGUGACAUAUUCAAGGCGUGGUGCUCCUUCAGGAACCAGACUCUGGGAAUCGUGAAGUAAAACUGGGACAUGACGUCACGCUUCAGUCAAGUACACAAACAUUGUAGUUCCAGUGGUUAUGUUCUGACAGGGUGUAUAUACAGUAAAUAUACAUUGUAGUUCCAGUGGUUAUGUUCUGACAGGGUGUAUAUACAGUAAAUAUACAUUGUAGUUCCAGUGGUUAUGUUUUGAGAGGGUGUAUAUACAGUAAAUAUACGGUAUAGCCAAGACUUUGUAAAUGUGAUCAGAUUCUGAAGUGUCCCCCCAGCUAGCUUUCCACAAACUUUGUAUCGCUUUCGGCUUUUUUCUACGACACUGACUUCACUUUGGUGUAAUAAAUGAGCACAACUUGCACAUUG